AUGAGAAUCCCUUUGCAGGUGCUGGUACGCGGGCCACCUCGAUACAUUUGGGCAUGUGUCCUGUGCUCGUUGAAUGGAUUGCUCUUUGGCAUGGACACCGGGAUUAUCGGUCCAGUGACUGAUAUGACGGACUUCAAGGCAUCCUUUGGAGGGAGUCAGAAUGCGACUAUUCAUGGACUCAUUGUGUCUUCGAUUCUGAUUCCCGCGGCACUGGCAUCCUUUUUUGCCGGUCAUCUCGCAGACCGGCUCGGACGCCCAAAAGGCAUAAGCAUUGGGGUACUCGUGUUUGGCAUCGGUGCUGCGGUUGAAGCCGGUGCAGUCAGUCUCGGAAUGUUCAUCGCAGGGCGAGUUAUUGAAGGGUUGGGUGAGGGUCUAUUCCUGGGUAACUUGGUCGUCCUGAUUUGUGAGAUCUCACCGACGAGCACAAGAGGUCCACUGACCACGGGCCCUCAGUUAAUGAUCACCCUGGGCCUGGUCGUGGGCUUCUUUACGUGUUAUGGAACGUCUGCGCUUGUGUCCUCGUUCUCUUGGCGGACACCGUUCAUCGUUUUGUCUGGCCUCUCGGUCACCUUCUCUGCUGCGUCUUACUUGUAUCUGCCCGAGUCACCUCGCUGGCUGAACCUGCAUGGUCGCCACAAGGAGGCUGCCGUGACAUGGGAUAGAUUGGAAGUCAGCCACGCCGAACGAGAAAAGGCUGAACUGCAGUCGGAACCGUUACAAACCGCCGAGGGAAUCACAACAAGCGCUGCACCGGACGUGAAACAAGAAAGCCCCGUGCACAAAAUUCUUGACAUCUUUGCCAAGGAUGUACGCACACGUACAGUUCUUGCGGUUUUCCUCAUGGGAAUGCAGCAACUGAGCGGAAUAGACGGAGUCCUAUAUUAUGCACCUCUCCUAUUUCAACAAGCAGGACUCGCCUCAUCCCAGGCAAGCUUCUUCGCAUCCGGGGUCUCUGCCUUGGUCAUCUUUACAGUGACCAUCCCGGGACUCAUCUAUGCAGAUGGCUGGGGGCGUAGAGCCAGCAUCAUCUAUGGAGGGGUGGGCCUUGGAACAGUCAUGUUUUUGAUUGGCGGAUUAUACGCAGGUGGCGCCAUUCACGGUACUUACGGCGCUGGACGCUGGAUUGUCAUUGUCUGCAUCUAUAUCUUCGCCAUCAUUUUCAGCCUGACUUGGGCGGUCGCUGUCAAGGUGUAUACCGCCGAGAUUCAACCGCAACAUACUCGAGCCUCGGCGACUACAUUGGCGCAUUCAAGCAACUGGAUCUUCAAUUUUCUGGUUGCUUUGACGACGCCGAUCUUGCUGGCGAAAAGUAGUUUCGGCGCUUACUUCUUGUUCGGCGGAUGCUGUUUCUUGACAUCUUUUGUCGGGGCGAUCUUCAUGCAUGAGACCAAGGGGAAGUCUCUGGGGGAGAUUGAGGAGGCUUUCAAGCAAGGGACAGUUGGGAAGUCGGUCCUCGGUGCUUUCCGGGGGCCGAGGGCAAAACUGACGGUCUGA